AUGGAUCCAACUUCACGCUUCGAAAACCUCCCAACGGAGGUCCUCAUUCACAUCCUCACGCACAUCGACGACUUCCAUUGCGUGUGGAACCUCCUCAUCUCAUCGCCAGCUUCAUACCGCAUCUUCAACCACUACAGCAAGGAGAUCUUCUGGCCCGCAAUCUCCGAGAGCACGAUCCCAUCGCAGACCCAAGACAUCAUCCGCUUCAUCAUACAACUUCGCGCCGGCGCCUUCCAGAAGACGAACCUGAACGACAUCAUUCGCAAGAUCAAGGACCGAGAAGGGGGCAUCGUCCUCGGGAAGAGCGAAGAGCUGGGCUACGACCUCCCGACGAGAGACUCCACCAAGGUUCCCUCCCUCGGCGUCUUGCGAGCCGUGCUCAGGACGGCGGCUCAGGUCCACUGCUUGAGCCGGUCGUGCAUCGAGCACUACCUCCGGCAGCUGGCGGCUGCUAAAGAAAUGGGGCGUGUCGAGUGGCUGUCUAGAGAAGAACCGAUGGAGAACGCGUCGUGGCUGGAAGAACAGCGGGUUCUUAGGGCACUCUGGCGUGUGCAACUCGUCCUCGAGCUGAGACAGGCGGCGCGGACUUCGGAUGUUCUUUGUCCGCCUGAGGACCCGGAGUGCGGCGCCAGUCUGGACCUUGAGAGCUUCUACGACAGCAGAACGAGCAAUCUCAAAGCCGCGUAUCAUGAGGUCAUGACGGUGCUCGACUACCUCCAGACCUUGGAAGACGGGAAGAGCGGCGCUGGAUUAAGCCGUCGCGAUUCGUUACCGUUGCCGCCGGUGUCGUCGCUAAAGGAUCUCAGACCUGCAACAAUGCGAACGCCAGAUACCGCUAUGAUGCGAAGAUCGCACCUGGUAAUGCCGACGGAUAGUCUCUGGAUCGUGGACAGCAUGGGCAGGGGUGCGCACUCACCGAUCAAGUAUGCGGGUUUCGAACCAUAUCGGUCCUUGGGAUUCGCGGUGUGGGACAGACACAGACUCGCGCACUUGGGCCUCGCGAGCCCUCCUGGGCAUGGAAGAGUCACAGGCUUAGGGUCGUAUUUCUCUUGCUGGCUGCGGCUCUUGAGUGCCGAGGACUUGGCUCGCGCGGAGGAGAGAAUGCGAGAAGCAGAAUCUCAAGGGGGUCGGCUCGAACCAUUGCAGCCUAUGAUUCAGGACAACGCAUCCUGA